UUACUUAUAUUUUUUUGUUUGCAUACAAAGACGAAAAUAAACCCAAGAAGUAUAUAAGUCAGUGGUAUAGGCGUGAUGUAAUAUUUGAUAAAUAGGUUUUGGUGUAUUAUUCUUGGAAUUGGAAGCUAAACUUCUUUGAAUUGGAAGCUUAACAACAAAACUUUUUCAGUGUUUCAGGACGUUCUUAAUCACUAAAUAGGUGAAACAGAUAACAAAUUCAAAAUGUCAAAUAUCCACAAGUCUGAGUAAAGAACUUUUCAAUCGUAAUUAUUAUAGACUUGCGUAACAUUAGAAGAGUCGUGUGUGAAUAUUUAUAGAUAGACGGCACUAGUGAAGGCAUCAGAAGUAAAAAUCGUACACUGGAAAUUGGAUCCAAAGUGCCUAGUGAAAUAUCAACUUCAAAAUGACAAAUAUCCACAUGAGUAAAGAAAUUUUUAAUCGUUAUAUGGAGUUAAGUGAUAAUGCUAGAGUCAUCUGUGAAUAUUUAUGGAUAGACGGUACUGGUGAAGGUAUCAGAAGUAAAUGUCGUACACUUGAAUUUGAACCCAAAGUGCCUAGUGAUUGUCCAAUGUGGAAUUAUGAUGGAAGCAGUACAUACCAAGCUGAAGGGUCAAAUUCAGAUAUGUACUUGUUACCAGUGGCUUUGUUUAAGGAUCCAUUUAGAUGUGGACUGAACAAACUGGUACUGUGUGAGGUAUUGAAAUACAACAAGAAACCAGCAGAAAGUAAUAAAAGGCAUACUUGUGCCAAAACUAUGGUAAAAGCUAAAGACGCCCAUCCAUGGUUUGGAAUAGAACAAGAAUAUACAUUGACAGAUGUCGAUGGACAUCCAUACGGAUGGCCAAAAAGUGGAUUCCCUGCUCCACAAGGUCCAUACUAUUGUGGUGUUGGAACAAACAAGGUAUACGGGCGUGACAUUGUCGAGGCACAUUACAGAGCAUGCCUAUAUGCAGGCGUAAAUAUAGCUGGGGCUAAUGCUGAGGUGAUGCCUGCCCAAUGGGAGUUCCAGGUCGGACCAUCUGAAGGCAUAGACAUGGGAGAUCAUUUAUGGGUAGCACGUUAUCUGUUGCAUCGUGUUGCCGAGGAUUUUGGUGUAGUCGUCACGUUAGAUCCAAAACCUGUCGAGGGAAACUGGAACGGAGCUGGAGCACACUGUAACUAUAGUACAUUGGGUAUGAGGGAACCAGGUGGAAUCAAAGAAAUCGAAGAUGCUGUCGAGCGUCUAGAGAAAGCGCAUGAGCGUCAUAUCAAGGUUUAUGACCCUAAGGAGGGGAAAGAUAACGAGCGUCGAUUAACAGGCAAGCACGAAACAUCCAGCAUUUAUGAGUUUUCUGCUGGUGUAGCGAAUCGUGGUGCAAGUAUUAGAAUUCCACGUCAGGUAGCGGAAGACAAAUGUGGUUAUCUGGAGGACAGACGACCAUCUUCAAAUUGCGAUCCCUAUGCUGUUACAGAAAUCAUUGUAGAAACUACUCUUUUGUCAAAGUAAUUUGAUCCACUCAAUCACAAAGUCAACAUACUAACUGUUCAAACACUGACCAAAAUUUUAAGUAUGGCCAUAUUUAGUAUUAUAGCCGACAUUUAUGUAACUAUAUACAUAUAUACAUAUUGGUGAAUGGUACUCAGUAUAAUUUUGUUUCCGUGUUAUUGCAUCGGUUUAUUUGUAACGCUUUUGAAUGAUAAUAUGUGUUCUGGACAGAUGAAUAUUAAAAAUUAUUACAUUGGUUGCAAUGAAUUACAUUGAUUUCCCAGUGAAAUAAAAACCGAUAAUUUCACAUGUGAAAUAGAAAUAAACGUGGUUAUUUCACUCCUCUGACGUCAUACAACAAUAGGCGUUGUCAAGACGUCGAUAACGUCGGAUCAAAACAAAUUGUGAAUGCGUAGAAAAAAAUAUAGUUCCUAACAUUUUCUACUUUAAUUUUAUAAAAAAUUCAAAUCUCGAAAAAUAUUCAACUCGUGACCGAACAACAUUGAUAAUUAACUCAAGCGCUACGCGCAUUCGUGAGUUAAUGUGUUGUUCGGUCAGUCGUUGAAUAUUUUUCUGUAUUUGAAUUCUUCGAUUAGUUAUUCUAUAAAUCUACCGUAGCUUAUAUGAUCAACAGGCAUACAUACUAUAAACCAUAGAGAUAUACUCUAUAUUGACAUUCUGAAAAAAUCGAGGAAGAAACUUUAUGAUAAUAUAAGAUAUAAAAGAGGGACGAAAGAUACAAGAGGGACAGUCAAACUCAUAGAUCAAAAAUAAACUGACAACGCCAUGGCCAAAAAUAAAAAGACAAACAGACAAAUAAUAGUACAGAUGACACAACAUAGAAAACUAAAGACUAAGCAACACCAACCCCACCAAAACAGGGGGUGAUCUCAGGUGCUCCGGAAGGGUAAGCAGAUCCUGCUCCAAUAGUUGUAGUGUUGACACAACACAACACAAGUCCUGAUACAGUUCGUUAUAAUAUCACAAGUCCUGACACAGUUCGUUAUAAUAUCACAAGUCCUGACACAGUUCGUUAUAAUAUCACAAGUCCUGACACAGUUCGUUAUAAUAUUCAUUUUAUUUUCACUUUUGAUAUGUGUCUCACCCAUUUAAUGAACUUCGUGUGUAUACAUUAAAUCAUCAUCGUACCUUGUGGGUUUUCGGGAACAUUCAUUUAUUGGACUAAUGUUGAAAUUAUGUCAUUUUUUAUGCAUUACCGCUCUAUGUCAAACAAUUAAAAUAUCAUCAAUCGUUAAUUAUACUCUUCUUUUAACAUGAUUUGUUCAUAUACUGUGAUUUGUCUAAUAUGUUAUGAUUUUUUUUCUUUUUGAAUUUGUUAGUGAAUAGUGUUUUUAAGUAUGCAGACAGUUUUUGCAGUUGUCCUUCCAGUUUUGAAAAACAAAAAAUUUAAAACCAGAAAAAAACAAAGAAACAAAAUAUUAAAAUUUUAAGCAAUUUUCAGAUAUAAGAUUAUGCUUCUACUAAAAGAAAAACAAUUGUCUUUACGCCAAGUAGGAGGAACAGUAGCUGUGAUUCUUGUUAUUAACUUGUAAUAACCAAAUUAACAUGAUAAAUGAAGUUUAGUUGAUUCAGAUUGCUUCGGGGUUGGUACUUUUCUUAUACAAAUGCAUACUUGGAAAAUGUAGAGAAAGUGUAUUUUUUACUCGUAAUAGCAGUAUAUAGUGUUGGUUUUUUAUCUGCUUAUUAUAAUUACAAAAGAAUGGAUUUUUUAUAUUAUGAUGUUUUAUGAUAUUUUUAUCGUGUGUUUUACAGUCUCUCAUAACUCUUUUUUAAAGUGGUUCUUUUAUAAAUUGAUCUGUUAUUAUCUAUUUUAUAUUGUGUUAUAUAUCAAAUGUUUUAAAGAAGUGAGACUCUAAUAAAGUAUUUGUUUAUUUA